UUCUCCAUCCCUCCCUUUCUCCCUUGCCAUCUAUCCACCCUCCACUCCAUAACAUUAACAAUGGCUCAGGUCAUCGUCGUCGGUGGUGGUCUCGCAGGUCUCUCGGCUGCCCACACUCUCCUUGAGCGUGGUGCCAAUGUUUUGCUCCUCGACAAGCAGGGUUUCAUGGGCGGUAACUCCACCAAGGCUACCUCUGGUAUCAACGGUGCGGGCACCCAGUCUCAACAGGACCUCGGCAUUCCCGACAGCGCAAAGAUCUUCUUCGAGGACACCAAGAAGUCGGCCCGCGAUCUCGCUCGUGAUGACCUGAUCCGCGUCCUCACUGGUCGUUCGGGUGACGCCGUCGACUGGCUUCAAGCCAAGUUCGGCCUCGACCUCUCCAAGGUCGCCCGUCUCGGUGGCCACAGCCAGCCCCGGACGCACCGCGGCAGCGCUCAGUUCCCUGGAAUGGUCAUCACCUACGCCCAGAUGGAGCGUCUCGAGGACCUCUCUGUGUCGAACCCCGAGCGCGUCAAGAUUUACAAGAAGGCCCGCGUGACCAAGCUCCUCAAGGACGAGUCGGGCACCGUCAUCGGUGUCGAGUAUAUCCGCAACGGCAAGACCGAGACCGCUGACGGCCCCGUCAUCCUCGCUACCGGUGGCUACGCCGCUGACUUCACCAGCGAUUCGCUCCUGAAGAAGCACCGCCCCGAGUACUACAAUCUCCCCACGACGAACGGUGACCACUGCACGGGUGACGGCCAGAAGAUGGCCAUGGCUGUCGGUGCAAGUGCUAUCGAUCUCGAGAAGGUCCAGGUCCACCCGACUGGUCUCGUUGACCCGAACGAGCCCGACGCCAAGGUCAAGUUCUUGGCUGCUGAGGCGCUCCGGGGUGUCGGCGGUCUCCUGCUUGACAACAACGGCGACCGCUUCGUUGAUGAGCUCCAGCACCGUGACUUUGUCACUGGUAAGAUUUGGGAGAAUGGAAAGUACCCCAUCCGCCUUAUCCUCAACGGUCAAGCUUCGAGCGAGAUUGAGUGGCACUGCAAGCACUACGUCGGCCGUGGCCUCAUGAAACGCUUCGACAACGGCGACGCUCUCGCCAAGGAGAUCGGCAUCUCGCCCGCGAAGCUCAAGAAGACCUUUGACGACUACAACGUCGGCGUCAAGGCCAAGAAGGACCCCUUCGGCAAGAAGUUCUUCUCCACCGGCGAGUGGAAGAUGAACGACUUCUUCAAUGUGGCCAUCAUGACCCCUGUCCUGCACUACACCAUGGGUGGCCUCGAGAUCGACGCCGAGUCGCGCGUCGUUGGCAGCGAUGGCAAGCCCAUUGCUGGACUCUUCGCCUCCGGCGAGGUCGCCGGUGGUGUCCACGGCGCUAACCGUCUCGGCGGCUCCUCGCUCCUCGGCUGUGUCGUCUUUGGCCGCGUGUCAGGUGACUCUGCCGCCGCCUACCUCCUCCAGACCACCGGCCAGAUUGUGCAGAAGGCUGGCGGCCGUCUCGGUGCCCUCGCAGGCCAGCUCGGCGGCUCCUCUUCAUCGUCAUCAUCAUCUGCACCUGCACCCACCUCGAACAACGCAGGUGCGACGAGCGGCCCCGCGCAGUCUUCAUCGGCAUCGAAGGAGUUCACCACCGCCGACGUUGCCAAGCACAACAAGAAGGACGACAUAUGGGUGAUCGUCAACGGACAGGUGCUCGACGUGACGUCGUUCCUGCCCGACCACCCCGGAGGAGAGAAGGCGAUCCUGCUGUACGCCGGCCGCGACGCGACGGAGGAGUUCAACAUGCUGCACGACCCCAAGGUUAUCCCGCGAUACGCGCCCGACUCGGUCAUUGGCAACCACAAGAAGUAGAUUGCCCGAGACGGAGUGUCAAAAGUAGAGCUUACUUGUAGGAUGCUCGUUGCAUGCAUUAGUCACUCACGGUUUUCCUUACUCUGAUCACGCAUAUCUAUUUCCUUGUUUCUUAUAUUCAUGUCUCAUCAUAUGUCAUGGCCCAUGGUCGCAUGUAUGUAUUAUAGUGCAGGCCGUCUGAACGAAUGAUCAUACCAAACCACUCC